AUGACCAAACAACUAACCUCCGCCACCCUCCUCCAAAUGUCCAAAGACGACCUAGAAAUCCUCUUCGACUCCUCCCCACCCGGCCCCAUCCCCAACGGCGUUGCAAACGGCACCGCCCUCAUCAUCCCAGGCACAACCUUCACCCCCGCCAUAGCCGAAUUCAUCAACCUCUUCGCCUGGCAAGGCAAGAUUUUCGAUGCCUCCAAGUCCGCCCUCGUGAACCGCAUCUCCGUCUUCGGUCUCGAUGCUAUCCUAGCCCAGGUUUAUAAAGACGAGAGCUGGGUGGAUGGGAAGGAGUGUAUUGUGCUUGAUUAUUCGAAGACGAGUUUCGUGGCGCAUUGGAUUCGGGAUGAGAUUCGGUUGGUUGGGGAAGGGUUGUAUUUGGGGACGGUGUUUUGGGAGAAGGAGAGGUUGAUCUUCUUCGCUUUGCAGUUUUAG